AUGCCUGCUUCCAUCACCAUCAUCUUCUCUCCCUACCAUGUGGGAUCCCGCGACCACCGCGUUGGUAACGGCCCACACCGGAUUCGCUCGCUGGGCAUUGUGGAGGCCCUAGAUAAGUUGGGCGUAGCAAUUAACUUCCACGAGAUACCUCACGUCGACAGUUUUGAGGGCGAAAUUGGCCGUAGCUUUGAGCUCCUCCGCCGUAUUUCCACCGCGGUUUCCCAAACGGUAGCAUCAGACAGCUUCCCUCUCAUUUUGUCCGGAAACUGCAUGGCGACCGCUGGCGCCGCCUGUGGCUUGCCCAUCAAUGAUCUCGGCUUUGUUUAUUUCGACGCCCAUGACGACCUGGACUCGCCUGAUGUCAACGAGAACGGGUAUUUCGAUGCCAUGGGUCUCUCCAUGCUUCGCGGAGAGAGCUGGAAGACCCUUAUGAAUACUGUUCCCGGCUACUCACCCCGAACCUACCGCCGCUUCCUCUACUGUGGUCUCCGUGACCAAUCCCCUUUGCAGCGCCAGCGUGUUAUCGACGCCGGCAUGACUGCUGUCUGGGGACGCACCGACGUGAAGGUUGACUUUGCCUCCCAAAUGAAGCAAGAACUUUCUGCCCGUUCCUAUGGCCCGGCUGCCGUUCACCUUGAUCUUGAUGUUCUGGACGAGUCUUACGGCAAGGUUAACGACUACCCUUCGCCUGGUGGUAUGAUGGAAGAGGACCUGAUCGCCUGUAUGGACAUGGUACCCCGUAUGAACACGAGCCCGCAAUCUCUUACUGUCUGCUCCUUCGAUCCCGAUUCCGGUGAUGGUGACAAGAUUGCCACUAUUGCUAUUCGCGCCAUUACCACCUUCGUUCAAGCUCUUUUGGAUACAAAAGUUUUGACCAAUCCAUGA